AUGCCCUUAUCUCAAUCUUCUCCCAUGGCUUCUUCAAUCCCUCACCACUUCUAUCCAAACUACACUUCUGAUUUCACACCACAACAAGGGUUGAUGUCUUCGUCGAUCAUCGACAAUAAUACUAUGAUGUGGGGUUGUCAAGAAAAUAUCAUGCCUGUUUUUGAUAAUUAUGGAACUUAUGAUCAAAUUGUGUCACUUGAUUGUGAUGCUAUGUCUUCUGGUACUUGGGUUCCGAAUUUUGUUGAGCAACAAGAUUUUGCGGUUCCGGCGUUGUUAUCGGAUUGUAAAGUCGGAUUUUAUGGCGGAGGGUUUCAGAAUUUUAAUGGAAGAUAUAGUAAUAGUAAUAAUCAGCCACAUGUUGGUCAUGAGUUUGUAGAAGAUCAAUGUUGCGGUUUUGUUGAAGAUAUUAAACCUUCUCCUGCAGUUUAUCCUAAUGUUUCAAGAGAAAAUUGGGGGAUUCAAGGUAAUCAAAUAGCAGCAGUUGAAGAACCAAAUAUAAAAGUAGGAAGGUACUCAGAAGAAGAAAGGAAAGAAAGAAUUCUUCGAUAUUUGAAGAAAAGAAAUCAAAGAAACUUCAACAAAACUAUCAAGUAUGCAUGUCGGAAAACUUUAGCUGAUAGAAGAGUGAGAGUGAGAGGAAGGUUUGCAAGAAACAAUGAAAUAUGUGAAGAAGAUCACAUGGCCACAAAAAAGCUUGAGAAUCAUCAUGAUCAUAUUAAUGAAGACUUUUAUGGUUCUGAUUCAUUCCAGUUCCAGUUAAAGAAUGAAGAGGAGGAUUGGCUUCAAGAAGCCAUGGCAAGUUUGGUGUAUUUAUCUCAUUCAUCCCCAGAAGAUAUAUGA